GUUAACUCUAAAUGCUCUAACUCAGCUCGGACUCGGUAUUUUUCCUUUUUCUUACUGCAUGUUUGGCAAAUAAAAACAUUUAUAUUUAAUUUUAAAACUAAACAUUUACUUACUAAAUCUUUGUGUCAAUUAAUCGACAAGAAAGAGAUUAUGUUUGUGUAAUUUCUUCCGCUUUUUAUAUUAAAUUUCGUUUUGUUCUAUCAAUUUUAAUGUAAAAACAACUCAAUCAGUCCGAGUCAAUUACCAACAACAAGUACAAAAAAUAAUACAAUAAAUAAUAAGUAGUGAAUAAAAUCAAUUUGUAAUUAAAAUAAUUAAGGAGACGUUUAACAAAUAGGAAUUCACUAAAUUAUAUAGAUAUUAAGUUUUGAAAAAUCUCGAGAAGCACAUCGAACGAAAUGUGUGCUACACUUCUGGACGAUGUGGAAACCUACAAUCCUGAUACAUUGGAUCUAAACGAGGACAGCGAAGCCGCCGAAUAUUGGUUUAGUAUAAUUGAUGAAAUAAUCAAUAAGUUUGCAAAACAGGCUGUUGCUAGUCAGAAGGAAAUCGAUCCAACUUCUGAAGAAAGAGCAGAACGUUUUAAAAAAUCAUAUAAAGAUCAGGUGGAAAAUAUGAGGAAUUCAAAAAACAAUAAUAAACCCUUAACAAUAAGAGAUCUACUAGAAUUAAAUGAAACAACAUUAAGACUGUAUGGAUUUCAGGAUCCAUGGUUAAAACAAAAAACUGAAGAAAAUGAAGCUUCAAUAAAAUUAUUCAAAUCGAGAUUAGAUGAAAUUGAUAAAUUAAACAACUUCGAAAAAUGGACUGAAUUGAUUCGUGGUGUAUUAGCUGGUAACAUAUUUGAUUGGGGAGCAAAAGAAGUUUCUGAUAUUUUGGAAAAAGAUAAAAACUUUGGACUGCAUGAUGCUUUAGAUAAGAUUCAGAAACGACCCUGGCUGAUUGAUAAUUUAAAUGAAUGGAACCUUCGAAUGCAAGAAACUCCACAUAAAUGCGCAGUGAUUUUCGUAGACAACAGCGGCGCAGAUGUAAUUUUAGGUAUUCUACCCUUCGCUAGGGAACUUUUAAAGCGUCAAACCAAAGUCUUACUAUGCGCGAAUUCGGAACCAGCACUAAAUGAUGUGACUUACAAAGAACUCGAGGAUAUAUUACAAAAAUGUAGUUGUUACUGUGAUACGAUAAAUAGUGCUUUGAAAAAUGGACAGCUUUUAGUUUAUGCUAAUGGUCAAAAAGGCCCUUGCUUAGAUAUGCGCCAUUUAACACCAGAAUUAUGCAAUGCAAUUGAAAGUAACGAGACUGAUUUACUGGUCAUUGAGGGCAUGGGUCGUGCUUUGCAUACAAAUCUUUAUGCAAAAUUUCGAUGUGAUACUUUGAAAUUAGCAGUAGUUAAAAAUAAAUGGCUGGCAAAUCGGUUAGGUGGUGAUACAUUUAGUGUCAUAUGCAAAUAUGAAAGUUAACUGAAGAGAAAUAAUAAUUAUAAAAAAUCUAAUCCUGACUUCAAGCUGUAAAACAUCUCCCUUUUUAUUUUAAUUUAUUAUUUUAUAAUUUUGAUUAAAUGACCUACAAAAAAAGAUACAAUAAUUUCUUCAAGAAAAUAAAUACCUAAAAAUAAUACGUAUUUGUUUGUUAUUACUUAAUAAAUGAACCUGACAAAUAAUAAAAUACUAUUUGUAGAGAUUCCUUGAAGGAAAUUAAAAGUCAAACAAAAACCUCUAUUUUAGGUUUAAAAAUUAAACUAUAUAAGAAAAAAUAUAUUUAGAAAGAAAACAAAUAUUAUAAAAUUAAUAAACGAAAUAUAUGUAAUUAAUCAUAAUGAUGAAGAGAAAUCCGAUUCAAGUUGUUUGCUAUUUGAAAGGUUAUAUUUAUAACGUUGUAUUGAAAUAAAAUGUAAUGUCGGCUUCUAAAAAUACUGCUGCGCUAUUCAUGUUUAUUUCGCAUUGUUCAUAAAAUUUUUAAAGGUCAAAUUAUUGCCUCAAUUGUAUAUUCUCCAAAUCGGUCAAAAUAUUGGCAUUUAUGUAGCUUGUUACACUAUUGCAUUUAGGAAGGUUGCUGCUAUUUUGACUUUUCUGUGUUUUUUUUUUUAAAUCGGUAGAUCUUAACUAAACUUUCGUCUUGUUAUUAAUAUGGGGUUUUCUAAAAGGCACCUGACAACUUUGAAUUUAAUUUGUGAACUCACGCAUCCACUUAUCAUCAAACAGUCAUAGCCAAUUUUUUCAGUAAACUUAACAUUUUCAUCAUGUUAAAGUACACGAACGAUCAACGUCUGCAAAUAUUUUCCUUCAAAUUUCGGUGUUGCGGUCCCCUCAACUUUAAGAGCGUUUAUAAUAAUGAUAAUUUCGAUCAAGUAAAUUUAAAAUUAAUGAACUCAAACCGAACAAAAGUAAAAAAUGAUAUAUAUUUGAAAAUAACUUUCUGUUUCCAAGAACAGAACUAAGAGUUUUUUGCAAUCAAAUAAUCCUAUACACUGUAUAUACUCAACGUCAUCAUCGGAACGAAGAAGACAAAAUUGAGCACAUCCUCCCAUAAGUUCCAAAGUUUAAUUACUCAAAAUAUAUCUUAAGCCUUGGGUAUAAUUAUUUUUUAAUACAUUUUUGGCUUUUAUUCUAAAAUUUAUAAAGUAAUAAUUUUUAAUUUGUUGCAAACACCAUGAUGCAAUUAGUUUCAAAUUAACUUCUGUGACAAAGAUAAAAAAACUAUACAAUUGUAUAAAUGUUUUUGCUGCCUUAGCUUCUCUACUUGAAUUAAUUAAUAUAAUUGAAAUAUUUUUACAAUUGCCUUAAUUUUUUCACUUCGAUUGUGUUCUGAUAUUUAUCAAAAAAUUGAGGUGAUGAAAAAGAAAUUGUAUAGUUUUAUUAUUUAACUUGUUAAUGUUUAUAAAAAAAAGAAAAUUGUGAACAAUUGUGAAUAUAAAUUUUUUUAGUGAAAACUAGCAAAAAUUUUACUAUUUAAGAAUGUGCAAACAAUGCUAAUGCUACAGUUGAACUAACUCAACCUCAAAAUGAAGAUAGUUACUAAACUUUUACUCCUGCUUCUUGGGCUUUUUAUGUUGAUGGACCUUGGAGCUUCUGAGGGUGGAAUACUCCGUAACAUUGUGAAACGGAAUGCUCAAGGAGGUCCACCAAAUGGACAGCAUGGACCACCACCACCAGGAGGCCCACAUGGGCCACCCGGAGGACCACCAGGAGGUGGCCCACCCAGUGGUGGAGAACAAACUGCAACUACAUCGGCGAAAUAAUUGAAUGCCGAUUUUUAAAAUGAGCGAAUAAAGUUAAAAAAUGCAUUGCAA